AUGGCGGCACGGAGCUUUCCUCGCAUCUCUCAGGUUCGGGCUUACGUGUCCGAGAGUGACGACAAGCAGCAUGUGCAAGGCGCAGACUGCCACGAUGUUGCUGACAAGCAUUGGAUAAACGGCAAUCUGCCUUUGGAUGAUGAGUUGCUGCCCAUCGCGAAUCCAAUGUCUGUCCAUCCGCCCUACAAGCGCCACCGCAAAUCUUGGGGUAUCAAUGCCAUGGGCAGCAUGGUUGUGGAGGUGGAAGCCGAAGAUGGCACCACCGGAGUCGGCGUGACGAUUGGUGGUGAAGCGGGAUGCUACAUCGUCGAGCACCAUCUCAGCCGCUUCGUUGAGGGCCAGGACCCGCGAAACGUUGAGCUCAUGUGGGACCAGAUGUUCCGUGCUACGGUCAACUACGGCCGCAAAGGCCUGCCUUUGCAAGCGAUCUCGGCUGUCGAUCUAGCUCUCUGGGAUCUUCUGGGAAAGCUUCGCCAUGAGCCGGUCUACAUGCUCUUAGGCGGGGCUACGAAGCCCUUCCUUCCCAUGUACACCACAACUUCGCGACCAGAUGUUGGGAAGCAGCUCGGCUUCGUCGGCUGCAAAGUCCCAUGCCCCUUCGGACCGGCUGAUGGGCACGAAGGCUUCGCGAAGAAUGUCAAGUACCUCAAGAAGUGCCGGCAGGAUGUUGGCGAGGGGUUCCCGCUCAUGCUGGACUGCUACAUGGCGCUGUCAGUGCCCUACAGCAUCUCGCUCGCGCGGCGAAUCUCAGAACCGGAUCUGCAUUUCACUUGGAUGGAGGAGUUCCUUCCGCCAGACUGCUAUGACGGCUACGAGGAUGUCAUGAAGGCAGUUGGAAACUUGGGCCUGAUGUUGACAACAGGUGAACAUGAGUAUACCCGCUGGGGUUUCAAGCAGCUGAUUGACAGCUUCGUGGCCAAGCCCAUAGAGCCAAAAGACACUGCCGACGUGGCCGACAAUGCGGAGACACUGGCAGCCUCGCGGGAAGCUCCGCAGGAAGCCUGCACCCGUUUGAAAUGCAGUCCCAAGGACGUACUAGGUGUUGGUGCUUCCUGCGUUGUCGUUGGAGUCCAGCUGGGUGGAGCCAACGCUGAGCAGAGCCUUGCCGCGAAGUUUCUCGUCAGCGGAGCUGACACUUCGACACGGUGCCACGAAGUGCAGAUGCUGCUUGCUGCCGAGUGCCCGCACAUUUUGAGAUGUCAUGGUCUUUUUGAGGCAGACCUGGACCAAUCUCCCAAGAUGCGUGGCACUUUUGGGGCCAUCAUGGCCUCGCACAAGAAGAAGGCGAAGGUGGAGAGCAUGAAGACGUUCGUGUUUCUGCUGACAGACAGAUGUGACUGCAGCCUCUACAGCCUUGCGCAAGCGACCUCUUUCAAGGAAUCCGAAGCCAGCUUUGCUAUCCAUUCGGCUCUCCGUGGUCUUGAGCACCUGCACGCUCUCGGAAUGGUGCACCGGGACGUGAAGGAUGCCAACAUCAUGGUGCAAGAUGCAGGACGCCGAGUGGUGUUGGCGGAUUUCGACUUGGCAGCCUACCUCCCAAAAGGUGCAGAGACAACCAAAUGGACAUGUGGAACGCCUGGAUUUCUCGCUCCAGAAGUCUACAGCAAAGCAGAAGCUGGAGCGAAGGCCGAUAUCUUCUCCUUGGGUGUCGUGCUCUACUACCUCUUGACGCAGAGUCAUGCUUUCCUUCGAGACUCGCCGCUUGAAACCGAGAUCGCCACCAAGAGCAGCAGGCUGCCAGUUGACGCCGACCUGCUACGUGUCUUCCGCAGCGAGGACGCAUGCGGCCUGGUGUUCUGGCUGCUUGAGCCCUUGGUGGAAAACCGUGCUUCCGCUUCGGAAGCAUUAGAAAGCGAGUGGUUCUUCUUUCAAGACUCGGGUGGUCUUUCCCGGAUUAUGCAGCAGAAGCUCCCGAAGAAUUCGUUGCUUCAGCGGUCAGACCCGAACUCUUCAACACGCGAGUCGUCCUCUAUGGUGGUGUCCAAGCGGACAUCCUUGCCAGUUCCCGGUGCCAAGCACAAGAAGGUGAAGAAAGCAUUCCUGGAUCCGUCAGUGUCGCCGGAGCACAGAAGGCCGCCCACAUUCUUCAACCUGACAUCACCUGGCUGGGUGGAAUCACCGAGGAGGACCAUGCCAAAACAGGCUAUAACCACGCGGAUAAAGUCGCACACGCGGCUGACAGAUCAGUACCCAUGGGUGGAGGUGGUCCUUAGACUACUCGGCGCGUGUGGAACAACUAUUCUGUUCGGCAUCCGCCUGGUCAUCGCCGAGUUCCUGUUCGGCAUCAUGGCCUGGGCACCAGUGAGAGCCGCUGGGGCGCUGCUGGCGGCGGUGCCCUUGGUCUACACGGGACGGAGCAAUUUUCAAAACCUCAUCAGCUGCAAAAGCACGGCAGAGGCCCUGGUGGAGUUCUCUAAACUUCUGGGCAUGAGUGGGCCUUUCAUCUGGUUCGCGCUUCGUUGUCUCGACUGGGAGCUCGGGGUGCGAGCAAUGGUUGGUGCCCUUUCCUUCAACCUCCUAGUGCUGCUGGUGAGAUUGGCUCUGAGCCAGAAAAACAGCAAAACACCAGAGAAGGAGGAGAAGAAGAAAUCUUCCAAGAAAUCGUGA